GAGCUCCAGCUUGUCGACGUGAACUCAAAUCAAACCUGAAGAAGAAGUUCCAGUGUUUGUUUGAGGGCGUGGCUAAAGCAGGAAACUCCACCCUUCUGAAUGAGAUCUUCACAGAGCUUUACAUCACAGAGGGAGGGACUGGAGAGGUCAAUGAAGAACAUGAAGUCAGACAGAUUGAAAGAGCUUCCUGGAAACCAGACAGACCAGAAACAUCCAUCAGACAAGAAGACAUCUUUAAAGCCUCAGCUGGAAGAGACGGACCAAUCAGAAGAGUGAUGACAAAGGGCGUGGCUGGCAUUGGGAAAACAGUGUUAACACAGAAGUUCACUCUGGACUGGGCUGAAGACAAAAGCAACCAGGACGUACAGUUCAUGUUUCCCUUCACCUUCAGAGAGCUGAAUGUGCUGAAAGAGAAGAAGUUCAGUUUGGUGGAACUCAUCCAUCACUUCUUCACUGAAACCAAAGAAGCAGGAAUCUGCAGGUUUGAAGACUUUAAGGUGGUCUUCAUCUUUGAUGGUCUGGACGAGUGUCGACUUCCUCUGGACUUCCACAACACUGAGAUCCUGACUGACGUCAAAGUGUCCACCUCAGUGGACGUGCUGCUGACAAACCUCAUCAGGGGGAAACUGCUUCCCUCUGCUCGCUUCUGGAUAACCACACGACCUGCAGCAGCCAAUCAGAUCCCUCCUGACUGUGUGGACAUGGUGACAGAGGUCAGAGGGUUCACGGACCCACAGAAGGAGGACUACUUCAGGAAGAGGUUCAGAGAUGAGGAGAAGGCCAGGAGGAUCAUCUCCCACAUCCAGACAUCACGAAGCCUCCACAUCAUGUGCCACAUCCCAGUCUUCUGCUGGAUCACUGCAACAGUUCUGGAGAACAUGCUGAAAACCAGAGAUGGAAGAGAACUGCCCAAGACCCUGACUGAGAUGUACAUCCACUUCCUGGUGGUUCAGUCCAAAGUGAAGAGGGUCAAAUAUGAUGGAGGAGCUGAGACAGAUCCACACUGGAGUCCAGAGAACAGGAAGAUGAUUGAGUCUCUGGGGAAACUGGCUUUUGAGCAGCUGCAGAAAGGAAACCUGAUCUUCUAUGAAUCAGACCUGACAGAGUGUGGCAUCGAUAUCACAGCAGCUUCAGUUUACUCAGGAGUCUUCACUCAGAUCUUUAAAGAGGAGAGAGGCCUGUACCAGGACAAGGUCUUCUGCUUUGUCCAUCUGAGUGUUCAGGAGUUUCUGGCUGCUCUUCAUGUUCAUCUGACCUUCAUCACCUCUGGAACAAAUCUGUUGUCAGAACCAACAACAAGCCAGUUGACCAGACCGUUUGGAAAAAAACCUAAACUGAAUCAUCUGCACCAGAGUGCUGUGGACGAGGCCUUACUGAGUCCAAAUGGACACCUGGACUUGUCCCUCCGCUUCCUCCUGGGUCUUUCACUGGAGACCAAUCAGAAGCUCUUGAGAGGUCUACUGACACAAACAGGAAGUGGUUCACAGACCAAUCAGGAAACAGUUGAGUACAUCAAGAGGAAGAUCAGUGAGAAUCUGUCAGCAGAGAGAAGCAUCAACCUGUUCCACUGUCUGAAUGAACUGAACCAUCGUUCUCUUGUGGAGGAGAUCCAAGAGUCCCUCACAUCAGGACGCCUGUCCACAGAGACACUGUCUCCUGCUCAGUGGUCAGCUCUGGUCUUCAUCUUACUGUCACCAGGAAAAGAUCUGGAAGAGUUUGACCUGAAGAAAUACUCUGCUUCAGAGGAGGCUCUUCUGAAGCUGCUGCCGGUGUGCAGCUGUGUCUCGUUGUCUUCAUCAGAUUCAUGUGAACUGGAACUGGACACAAACACAAUGCACAGAAAACUCAAACUGUCUGACGACAACAGGAAAGUGACCUUUGUGACAGAAUAUCAGUCGUAUCCUGAUCAUCCAGACAGAUUUGAGUUCUGGUCUCAGCUGCUGUGUAGACCUGGUCUGACUGGUCGCUGUUACUGGGAGGUCGAGUGGAGAGGAGAUGUUUAUAUAUCACUGAGUUACAGAGGAAUCAAGAGGAAAGGCAACAGUUCUGACAUGUUUGGACAUAAUGAUCAGUCCUGGAGUCUGUUCUGCUCUGAUGAUGAUGGUUACUCUGUCUUUCACUGUGGGACACAAACACCCAUCAUGUCCUCUGUCUCUCACAGAGUAUCAGUGUAUGUGGACUGUCCUGCUGGGAAUCUGUCCUUCUACAGCGUCUCCUCUGACUCACUGAUCCACCUCCACACCUUCAGGACCACAUUCACUGAACCGGUUUAUCCUGGGUUCCUGGUCUGUUGUGAUUCCUCAGUGUCUCUGUGUCCUCUGUAGGACAUGAAGAGACAGCAGCUUCAGUGGUGGACGAGGUCAAAGCUCGUCUCAGUCAUUCUUUGUUGAAACCAUCAAUAAAUAAAGACUUAAAAAAUCAA